AUGGACGACAUUCUUUUAGCAAGGCUUAGGCUCAUUAAUGACAAACUCACAACGGACUUAGAAGUAAUUCCGGUUACUGUUAAUUUAGAAAAUUUAGUGCAGGCUCAGAUCACCUACAGUAAAUUAGAGGCAUCACUAAAAAGACUUAACGGAGACCUGACGGAGUACUUUAGGCUGGCUUCGACACCCGCAUCUGAUGAAAUCUGCUUGAUAAGUGGACUUCAACUUCAAGCAGAAGAGACUUUAGCCGAACUUAAGGUGAAGAUCGACCAAAUAUCUACAUCAAGCAAACCAUCAGAGAAGCUGACUGACGCGAACUCCUCAUGCAGACUUCCUAAGCUUCAGCUGCCGGUGUAUAAUGGGGAUGUACUGGCGUGGUAUGAAUUUUGGGAUGCCUUCAGAAGCAACAUCGAUGAAAGGAACCUGCCGGAUGUGGACAAGCUUUCGUAUCUUAAGACUUCAGUCACGGAAGAUGCCAAAAAGGCCAUUGACGGUCUAGCGACUACUAGCACCAACUAUGCUAUUGCGGUUUCAAUACUGAAAGAAAGGUUCGGGAAAACUUCACAUCUCAUAGACGCGCACUAUGCCACAUUAUAUAAAAUUAAGAUGGCCAAAGGCAAUGCGGAUGAUUGCAGAAGGACUUUCAACGAAAUCGAAAGAAAUCUCAAGAUUUUAGAAUCACUAGGUGAGAACAUUAACCAUAAUCACCUGCGCUUCAUGCUACUAGAGAAGUUUCCUUCUAAUCUAGUAUAUGAGAUAAAACUUAAAGUUAAGGAUGAUUCCAUUCAAGAACUGAGAAGCGAACUGGAUAAAAUCAUCACUGCCAAGGAGGAUGCGGAAAGGAUAUCGGGUAGGAAACGCCCUCUAGACACAGAAGCUAGUACGGUCGGGAUUCUUCAUGUGAAUGCAAAACGCGCGAGAUACGCAAGCCAGUCCCAACUACGACACAGUAACCAGAGUAAACAAAACCAUCAGGGAGGCUUCGAUAAGAGACCGAUACAGAAGAAGUUUAAGGGUUUCAAGAAAUAUAACAAUAAAGCGAACAGAACAAACCAAACUUCAACUUCAAGCAAGGAUCAGGAAGAAACUCAGCGAAGUCCUCCAGAGGUCAGGAAGGGAUUGGAGUGUAUAUUUUGCAAAGGGGGCCAUUAUAAUGAUAGUUGCCCUGAAGCAUCUACUUUAGCAGAAAGAAAGAAACGGCUUGAAAGACGAUGCUACAUUUGCUUCAGCCGGAAUCAUGUAGCAAAGGCUUGCUGGAGAAAGAGAAGGACUGCGAAGGAAUUAAAGCUUCCCGUCGAAGAAGAGAGUCAUCUAGUAGUAUUCACCUUCGGCGACGAUCCUCCCAGAGAGAUACAUAGCCCAAUAGUCACCCUUCACCUACUAUCUAGAACAAACAAGAACAUAGUAAUACAGGCUAACUGCGUAGAGCAUAUCUCCAGAGGUUAUAUACCUAAUGUCAAGAUGAAGAACUUACCGGAGUCAUAUACACUAGCGGACGACGGGUCGCUAAGCGGACCUGUACAGAUCUUGGUUGGAAACGAAUAUUACUGCAACAUAACUUACGAGAAAAAGGUACAACUGGAUAGCAAUUUGUUUCUGAUCGACUCUGCACUUGGUUGGAUAAUUAGUGGUAGAGCAGAACCACAGCUUAGAGACGAGUCGUAUGUAGUGACUUACACUCAGACUUGCAUUGAAACGAAGCUUCAUCAACCAGAUCCACCUCUUUGUAAUGGAGACAUAAAGAGCCUUUGGGAACUAGAAUGUAUAGGUAUUAGUGAUUCCCCAAGAGCAACUAGAGAAGAAGAAGCCAUCAAGUAUUUUAACGAUACAACCUUAAAAUUAAAUACUCGUUACAAGGUAAGCUGGCCUUGGAUAACUUAUCCACCAGAUUUACCUAAUAAUUUUGGAAUGGCUUUUGGUCGUUUAUCAAGCUUAUUGAAGCGUAUGGAUCAAGAUACGUUAUUAGCAUACAGUGAUACGUUUAAACAACAAUUGGAUAAGGGUAUAAUAGAAGUUGUACCUACUUCAAGAACGUCAACAGGUAACGUCGUUCACUACCUACCUUUCCAUGGAGUACGUCAUCGAGGAAAACCUAUGAGAAUAGUCUAUGAUGCUAGCUCUAAAAGUAGCAAGGACACCAAGAGUCUGAACGAAUGUUUGUACCGAGGACCACUCAUGCUAGAAGACCUCACUGGCUUACUUAUAAAAUUUAGAACUCAUAGGAUAGGUUUAACCUCGGAUAUAGAAAAGGCGUUUUUACAGAUGGCGUUACACGAGAAGGAUCGUGAUGUAACCAGAUUCUUGUGGCUCAAAGAUACCUCUAAACCGGUAUCUCAAGACAACCUACUGUACCUUAGGUUUUGUAGAGUUCCAUUUGGCGUCAUUUCAUCACCGUUUUUGCUUAAUGCGACUAUUAAGCACCACCUGUCCAACGCAGAAGAUCAGCAAGUCAGACAGAAAGCAAACGACAUAUAUGUGGAUAACUUUGUUUCGGGUACUGACACUACGGAUGAGGCGAUGAAACUCUACAGAAAUCUAAAGGGAUCUUUUCAAGAUAUUUCAAUGUCACUCAGGGAUUGGAGUUCAAAUUCUAAAGAAUUUAUGAAGAAAGUCUCUGAUACAUGUAAAGAAGAUAAAGUAAAGGUACUUGGCUUAGAAUGGGACAUCAAAAGGGAUACUCUUCAGUUGAAACCUAACUUACAAGAAGAAGCUGUCACAAAAAGAGGAAUACUGAAGACUAUUGCAUCAAUCUACGAUCCAUGUGGUUAUGCAGUACCCUAUACCUUAUCAUCUAAACUCUUUUUACAAGAGCUUUGGAAAGCUGGAGUGUCAUGGGACUCACCAUUAUCGAGCGAACUAACGGAAGAAUGGAAUAAGAUCCGACAGAACUUAGAAGCCAUUAGAAAGGUGUCGGUGGACAGAUGCUACAUGAAGACACCAGUGGGAAAAGGCUACCAACUACACUGUUUCACCGAUGCCUCUCUACAGGCUUAUGCAGCAUCAGUCUUCUUAGUUUACGGCUCGGAGAAAAGCUUCAUUAUUGGUAAAUCUCGUCUGAUACCAAUAAAGGACCAGGAGAGUCUCAAGAUACCUCGUCUUGAACUUUUAGGAGUACUGAUUGGCAGUAGAUUGAUAAAAUUCGUUCUUAAGUUUCUCCAGCAGAAGAUAGUAAGACAAGUCUUAUGGACCGACAGCCAGAUCGUCAUAGAAUGGUGCAAAUCUGACAAGCUAUUGCCACCCUUCGUUGCCAGGCGGAUAGAAGAGAUCAAAACAAAUAAAGAUCUGGAGAUCAGAUACCUUCCAACAGAGCUAAAUCCAGCUGACGUCGGCACCAGACCCACCUGCUCGAGAGAGGACAGGGAGAAAUGGCUAAGUGGUCCACAAUUUAUAGUUCAAGAUCCGAAGACGUGGCCAACAACUUCUGGCGGUGGACCAACCAGUUCUCUCUUGAUUGGGGAGGGUCUUGGGAUCCAAGAAGACGAAGAACUGAUGGAAAUAGUUGAUCCAGAUUUACACAACGUUAGUCCGAUGGAAACGGAGGACAGUAUAACUGAAAAGGAAGUAGCGAGUCAUGACAAUGAUCAAAUGCCAGAUAAGUUACUAAAAUUGAAAGAAAUUCAAGCUGAAUACUUUCCUCUAGAGGUAGAAGGAAAGGUAACUAGUUUAAGUUUGAAUUUAGGCAUAUUUAAAGACAUAGAUGAGUUACUGAGGUGUAAAGGUCGUAUGAAACACGCAGACUGGUCGUUUGAUAAACGCUACCCUAUACUUAUACCAAAAGAUUCAGAUUUCACCAACGAAAUCAUAAUGAAGACUCAUCAAGAAAAUAAGCAUGUUGGAGUAAGUCACACGUUAGACAAGAUAAGGGAAACUUACUGGAUACCACAAGGAAGAAGCCAAGUUCAGAAGAUUUUGAGGAAGUGCUCCGAAUGUAUGAAGCAUGACGGAGGGCCAUAUAAACUACCAGAAACUCCUGCGUUACCGAAAGAGAGGGUCAAUUAUAGCUCACCAUUCACAUACGUUGGUACCGACUAUCUAGGACCACUUCUAAUCAACAAUGGGAAUGGCAAUUGUAAAAGGUGGAUUAGCCUCUACACAUGCUUAGCCGUAAGAGCCAUUCACUUAGAAGUUGUAAAGGACCUAACUGCGGAAGAAGGUUUAAUUGCCUUACGUAGAAUGAUUACAACAAGAGGUGUACCUACCUUAAUAACGUCUGAUAAUGCGGCUCACUACAAGUUACUCUCAGAGAUUCUUCAGAACCCAUACUGCGUAGAGAAAGAGAUAAGAUGGAAAUUUAUACCACAGUUAGCACCAUGGCAUGGAGGAUUCUAUGAGAGAUUAGUUGGUUUGGUUAAAAACUGUAUGAAGAAAACAUUACAGAAACAUUUGUUGAAUGACACCCAACUAGUAACAGCGGUGAAAGAAAUAGAAGCAGUUCUAAACACAAGACCCUUAACUUACGUAGAUUCAGAGCCGGAUCAUGUACUAAAACCUUCAGACUUUCUUACAAUGGGAAAGUGUAUCAUUAUGGAAACUUCAGAUAAGGAUCCUACAACGUCGCAAGGGACGGUGACUAAGGACAAUUUAAUUAAAGGUUGGAAGAAAGCACGGAUAAUUCUACGAGAAUUUAAAGAGAUGUUUGAGAACAGGUAUCUCCUAAAUUUGAGAGAAAGAUAUUCCCACCAUCCUAAAGAACCUAGAGUAACAUCAAAGUUAGCACCUAAGAUAGGUCAAAUCGUGCAGAUUAAAGGUGACACGAAGAAUAGGAUAAAUUGGAAAGUUGGGAAAAUAGUAUCUUUAAAGGAAGGCGCCGACGGUUUAUGUAGGGUCGCCACGGUACGAGUAGGAGAUACAGAGUAUACAAGAUCUAUCGCCCAUCUCUACCCGUUAGAGAUCGAAGAUGGAGAAGAACAGUGUAAACAAACAUCAUAUUAUGAAGAAAGUGUAGAAGAACCGGUGCAGCUUCCUGAUCUUCCACGUCCACCAGACAAGGAUGACGUGACGAUGGAAUCCUUCAAAGACGUUACUGAGCCUCCAUCUGAGCAAAUAUCCACUCAAGAAGUAAGAGAUCAACCAGAAGAAGUACAGCCUCAUGCCUCGCCAGAAGAGGAAACGUGUUCCUCUAAACAAGCAGUUGAGUCUAUAUCUAGUGAGUUAAACGAGCCUAAGUCUAAGCCUAAGUCUAUGUCCGAACCAGAGCCACUCGCGGUCGGCGACCUCGAGUUUUACGACCACACUGUUCCCGAGUCACACCACCUGGAGGAAGUUACGCCAGAAGGACAACACGACGAAGCAAGACCUAAGAGAGCGGCAGCUCUCAGAGCCCUUGAGAAGAUCAAGGAGUGGACCAGCAAUCUAGUCGCCGUGCUGUUGCCUGAGGCGGGAUUUCGGGGCGACACAACUAGCCACCAAUUAAGUAAAGCGAAGCAGACUGAGGCUCCUCUGGCCCAAGAGAAGUGGAUCAGAAAGAGCGAGGAUAAAGAAUCCUUCAUAGGAGAUGAAGGUAAGUCGUACACGUUAGUCGGCUUUAGCUCAGGGUUGCCAGGUUAG